AUGGACUUCACGCCUCACAACUGGGCCUCUCACACUCUGUCCUGUUUCCCUGCCCCGCUACAGGCUUUCUUCAAAGCAAACAAUGUACCCCAGGAGUCCCGUUUCAAUCUGAAGAAGAAUGUUGAGGAGGAGUACAGGAAGUGGAAGUCCAUGGCCAACGAGAAUGACAUCAUUACACAUUUCUCGAUGCAAGGAUCCCCUCCGCUGUUCCUGUGUCUGCUGUGGAAGAUGCUGCUGGAGACAGACCACAUCAACCAGAUCGGCUUUAGAGUGCUGGAGCACAUCGGAGCUCGUGCACUGGUGGCUCACGUGCGUACUUUCGCAGACUUCCUGGUCUACGAGUUCUCCACGUCGGCCGGAGGGCAGCAGCUCAACAAGUGCAUCGAAAUCCUCAACGACAUGGUCUGGAAGUACAACAUCGUCACGCUGGAUAGACUCAUUCUCUGCUUGGCAAUGCGUAGCCAUGAAGGAAAUGAGGCCCAGGUCUGCUACUUCAUCAUUCAGCUGCUCCUGUUGAAACCAAAUGACUUCAGGAAUCGGGUGAAUGACUUUGUGAAGGAGAACGCUCCGGAGCACUGGCUGCAGAGUGACUGGCACACAAAGCACAUGAGCUACCACAAGAAAUACCCAGAGAAGUUGUACUUUGAGGGCCUGGCCGAACAGGUGAACCCCCCCAUGCAGCUGCAGCCUCAGUACCUUCCAAUCUACUUUGGAAAUGUGUGUUUGCGCUUCCUCCCCGUUUUUGACAUCGUCAUCCACCGCUUCCUGGAGCUUCUCCCUGUUUCGAAAUCUCUGGAAACACUGCUGGAUCAUCUGGGCGGCUUGUACAAGUUUCACGAUCGCCCGGUGACUUACUUGUACAACACCCUUCAUUACUAUGAGAGACACCUGCGCGACCGGACAAACCUGAAGAGAAAGCUGGUUCAUGCCAUCAUGUCCUCUCUGAAGGACAACCGCACCCCUGGUUGGUGCUUAAGUGAGACCUACCUGAAGUGUGCCAUGAACCCCCGAGAAGACAAUGUGUGGAUCCCAGACGACACGUACUAUUGCAAACUCAUUGGACGCCUGGUGGACACCAUGGCGGGCAAAUCACCAGGGCCGUUUCCGAACUGUGACUGGAGGUUCAAUGAGUUCCCGAACCCCGCGGCCCACGCUCUGCACGUCACCUGCGUGGAGCUGAUGGCUCUGGCCGUGUCUGGGAAGGACGUGGGAAACGCCCUGCUCAAUGUUGUCCUCAAAAGUCAACCCUUGGUGCCCAGGGAGAACAUCACAGCUUGGAUGAACGCCAUUGGCCUUGUCAUCACCGCGCUGCCUGAGCCGUACUGGAUCGUCCUUCACGACCGCAUCGUGUCUGUCAUCAGCUCGCCCGUGUUGACUACGGAGUCUGAGUGGGCGGGCUUUCCCUUCGCCCUGUUGGACUUCACGGCCUGUCACCAGAGCUACAGCGAGAUGAACUGCAGCUAUGUGCUGGCCUUGGCGCACGCCGUGUGGCACCACUCGUCUAUCGGCCAGUUGUCCUUGAUACCAAAGUUCUUGUCCGAGACCCUGAAGCCCAUCGUUCAGACAGAGUUCCAGUUGCUGUACGUGUACCAUCUGGUGGGACCGUUUCUGCAGCGAUUCCAACAGGAGAGAACGCGCUGCAUGUUGGAGAUCGGAGUGGCCUUUUAUGAGAUGCUGCAGGCCGUGGACCAGCACUGCAAACACCUCACCUACAUGGACCCCAUCUGUGACUUCCUGUAUCACAUUAAAUAUAUGUACACAGGAGACAGCGUGAAGGAGCAAGUGGAUCAGAUCAUCAUGACUCUGCGGCCGGCCAUGAAGCUGCGUCUGCGCUUCAUCACGCACAGCAGCAAAGCGGAACCUUCGGCCUCGGCUGCGGCCUCCGCCUCGUCUGCCCCCGUACCCCCCACCGCUGCUCCUCCGCCCCCCUCCACCACCCCCGUCCCAGUCUCCUCCGCUCCCACCCAGCCGUCCGCACUCACCCCCACCACCGGCUCCCCCUCCCCCGCCUCCCAGCACACGCACACACCCAUGUAG